AUGGGCGCAGGAGGAGGAAUGGGCGCAGGAGGAGGAAUGGGCGCAGGAGGAGGAAUGGGCGCAGGAGGAGGAAUGGGCGCGGAGGGAAUACUCGGCGCUGGUGAAGGCAUUGACUCCAGUGGAGGCCUGGGAGCAAGAGUACUGGGGAUGACAGUAGGAGGACUGGGAUCAGGAGGGAGGCUCGGUGCAAGAGGAGGGGUGGGACCAAGGGGAACGGGCACAGGGGAAGGAGUGGGCGCUGUGGAAAGAGUGGGGCCAUGGGGAGGAGUGGGCGCAGGGGUGGGAAUGGCCGUAGGAGGAGGAGUGGGCGAUGAGGAGGUGCUGGGAGCAGACGAUGGGCUGGGAGCAGAGGAAGAGCUGGGAGCUGAUGAGGAGCUGUGCGACGAGGGCGCCAUGAGGGCGGCGCCCCUACUUCUACCUGCCAACGUGCGUCUCGUGGCCGGCAUUCGCCUCUACUCCAGAGGGGCAGGUGAGACGCUUCAGGGAUCGAGUGAGGGGAACGGGGGCAUUGGAGGAGCAAGGCGUGUAUGCAUGAUAGGUGCAUUCCCUGCUUUCCCCUCCUCUCAUUCCCUGCUUUCCCCUCCUCUCAUUCCCUGCUUUCCCCUCAUCUCCUUCCCUGCUUUCCCCUCCUCUCAUUCCCUGCUUUCCCCUCAACUCAUUCCCUGCUUUCCCCUCAUCUCAUUCCCUGCUUUCCCCUCAUCUCCUUCCCUGCUUUCCCCUCAUCUCAUUCCCUGCUUUCCCCUCAUCUCAUUCCCUGCUUUCCCUUCAUCUCAUUCCCUGCUUUCCCCUCAUCUCCUUCCCUGCUUUCCCCUCAUCUCAUUCCCUGCUUUCCCCUCAUCUCAUUCCCUGCUUUCCCUUCAUCUCAUUCCCUGCUUUCCCCUCAUCUCAUUCCCUGCUUUCCCCUCAUCUCAUUCCCUGCUUUCCCCUCAUCUCCUUCCCUGCUUUCCCCUCAUCUCAUUCCCUGCUUACCCCUCAUCUCAUUCCCUGCUUUCCCCUCAACUCAUUCCCUGCUUUCCCCUCAUCUCAUUCCCUGCUUUCCCCUCAUCUCCUUCCCUGCUUUCCCCUCAUCUCAUUCCCUGCUUUCCCCUCAUCUCAUUCCCUGCUUUCCCUUCAUCUCAUUCCCUGCUUUCCCCUCAUCUCCUUCCCUGCUUUCCCCUCAUCUCAUUCCCUGCUUUCCCCUCAUCUCAUUCCCUGCUUUCCCUUCAUCUCAUUCCCUGCUUUCCCCUCAUCUCAUUCCCUGCUUUCCCCUCAUCUCAUUCCCUGCUUUCCCCUCAUCUCCUUCCCUGCUUUCCCCUCAUCUCAUUCCCUGCUUACCCCUCAUCUCAUUCCCUGCUUUCCCCUCAUCUCAUUCCCUGCUUUCCCCUCAUCUCAUUCCCUGCUUUCCCCUCAUCUCCUUCCCUGCUUUCCCCUCAUCUCAUUCCCUGCUUUCCCCUCAUCUCCUUCCCUGCUUUCCCCUCAUCUCAUUCCCUGCUUUCCCCUCAUCUCAUUCCCUGCUAUCCCCUCAUCUCAUUCCCUGCUUUCCCCUCAUCUCAUUCCCUGCUUUCCCCUCAUCUCAUUCCCUGCUUUCCCCUCAUCUCAUUCCCUGCUUUCCCCUCAUCUCAUUCCCUGCUUUCCCCUCAUCUCAUUCCCUGCUUUCCCCUCAUCUCAUUCCCUGCUUUCCCCUCAUCUCCUUCCCUGCUUUCCCCUCAUCUCAUUCCCUGCUUUCCCCUCAUCUCAUUCCCUGCUAUCCCCUCAUCUCAUUCCCUGCUUUCCCUUCAUCUCAUUCCCUGCUUUCCCCUCAUCUCAUUCCCUGCUUUCCCCUCAUCUCAUUCCCUGCUUUCCCCUCAUCUCAUUCCCUGCUAUCCCCUCAUCUCAUUCCCAGCUUUCCCCUCAUCUCAUUCCCUGCUUUCCCCUCAUCUCAUUCCCUGCUAUCCCCUCAUCUCAUUCCCUGCUUUCCCUUCAUCUCCUUCCCUGCUUUCCCCUCAUCUCAUUCCCUGCUUUCCCCUCAUCUCAUUCCCUGCUAUCCCCUCAUCUCAUUCCCUGCUUUCCCUUCAUCUCAUUCCCAGCUUUCCCCUCAUCUCAUUCCCUGCUUUCCCCUCAUCUCAUUCCCUGCUAUCCCCUCAUCUCCUUCCCUGCUUUCCCCUCCUCUCAUUCCCUGCUUUCCCCUCAACUCAUUCCCUGCUUUCCCCUCAUCUCAUUCCCUGCUAUCCCCUCAUCUCAUUCCCAGCUUUCCCCUCAUCUCAUUCCCUGCUUUCCCCUCCUCUCAUUCCCUGCUUUCCCCUCAUCUCCUUCCCUGCUUUCCCCUCAUCUCAUUCCCUGCUUUCCCCUCAUCUCAUUCCCUGCUUUCCCCUCAUCUCAUUCCCUGCUAUCCCCUCAUCUCAUUUCCAGCUUUCCCCUCAUCUCAUUCCCUGCUUUCCCCUCAUCUCAUUCCCUGCUUUCCCCUCAUCUCAUUCCCUGCUUUCCCUUCAUCUCAUUCCCUGCUUUCCCCUCAUCUCAUUCCCUGCUUUCCCCUCAUCUCAUUCCCUGCUUUCCCCUCAUCUCAUUCCCUGCUAUCCCCUCAUCUCAUUCCCAGCUUUCCCCUCAUCUCAUUCCCUGCUUUCCCCUCAUCUCAUUCCCUGCUAUCCCCUCAUCUCCUUCCCUGCUUUCCCCUCCUCUCAUUCCCUGCUUUCCCCUCAACUCAUUCCCUGCUUUCCCCUCAUCUCAUUCCCUGCUUUCCCCUCAUCUCCUUCCCUGCUUUCCCCUCAUCUCAUUCCCUGCUUUCCCCUCAUCUCCUUCCCUGCUUUCCCCUCAUCUCAUUCCCUGCUUUCCCCUCAUCUCAUUCCCUGCUUUCCCCUCAUCUCAUUCCCUGCUAUCCCCUCAUCUCCUUCCCUGCUUUCCCCUCAUCUCAUUCCCUGCUUUCCCCUCAUCUCAUUCCCAGCUUUCCCCUCAUCUCAUUCCCUGCUUUCCCCUCCUCUCAUUCCCUGCUUUCCCCUCAUCUCCUUCCCUGCUUUCCCCUCAUCUCAUUCCCUGCUUUCCCCUCAUCUCAUUCCCUGCUAUCCCCUCAUCUCCUUCCCUGCUUUCACCUCCUCUCAUUCCCUGCUUUCCCCUCAACUCAUUCCCUGCUAUCCCCUCAUCUCCUUCCCUGCUUUCCCCUCAUCUCAUUCCCUGCUUUCCCCUCAUCUCAUUCCCUGCUAUCCCCUCAUCUCCUUCCCUGCUUUCCCCUCCUCUCAUUCCCUGCUUUCCCCUCCUCUCAUUCCCUGCUUUCCCCUCAUCUCCUUCCCUGCUUUCCCCUCAUCUCAUUCCCUGCUUUCCCCUCAUCUCAUUCCCUGCUAUCCCCUCAUCUCCUUCCCUGCUUUCCCCUCCUCUCAUUCCCUGCUUUCCCCUCAACUCAUUCCCUGCUUUCCCCUCAUCUCAUUCCCUGCUUUCCCCUCAUCUCCUUCCCUGCUUUCCCCUCAUCUCAUUCCCUGCUAUCCCCUCAUCUCAUUCCCUGCUUUCCCCUCAUCUCAUUCCCUGCUUUCCCCUCAUCUCAUUCCCUGCUUUCCCCUCAUCUCAUUCCCUGCUAUCCCCUCAUCUCCUUCCCUGCUUUCCCCUCCUCUCAUUCCCUGCUUUCCCCUCAACUCAUUCCCUGCUUUCCCCUCAUCUCAUUCCCUGCUUUCCCCUCAUCUCCUUCCCUGCUUUCCCCUCAUCUCAUUCCCUGCUAUCCCCUCAUCUCCUUCCCUGCUAUCCCCUCAUCUCAUUCCCUGCUUUCCCCUCAUCUCAUUCCCUGCUUUCCCCUCAUCUCAUUCCCUGCUUUCCCCUCAUCUCAUUCCCUGCUUUCCCCUCAUCUCAUUCCCUGCUUUCCCCUCAUCUCAUUCCCUGCUUUCCCCUCAUCUCAUUCCCUGCUUUCCCCUCAUCUCAUUCCCUGCUUUCCCCUCAACUCAUUCCCUGCUUUCCCCUCAUCUCAUUCCCUGCUUUCCCCUCAUAAGGCCCUGCACUAGCUGUUGCCGUCGUCCCUGCGUGUAA